AUGGAAGUACUAAUCGAGAUUUCAGGAACGGGAUAUAAUUAUGCAUCAGAUACGGCGAAUAUUGUUUUAAGUCAGAUUUUUGGGUGGGACGACACAGGUGUCAUUGCAGCAUCCGUAAUGAAAACAUACUCGAUUUUAUACGUUCUUACGACUUUUACUCCACAGCACUAG